AUGGAUGGGACUAAUUCAAAUGCAGAAGCAGGUCCAUCGAGAUCACGUCCACCUGCAAUAUUGCCAGUCGCAAUCCCAGUACCAGAUCCACAACCAUUACCGCCUAGCAGACCUAUACCUGAUAUCCCACCUGCUACACCACCCAGUACAGCUAAAUCAAAAAGGAGAUCUUGGUUCGGUUUUGGAUCAGCUUCGGGCUCACCGAGCGUCAUCACGACCCCCACUCCAGCUUCAGUAUCCACCAAGAAAGGUCGCAGGAGGAGCAGUGUAUCGAUAUACAAUGCGGAAGCUGGUGGUGUAGACCUUGAUCUCGCUCCAGUGAUUAGCGAAGGGAAAGAUAAGAAGACCUUGAUAUCACUCAAUAAGGGGAAAGAAGGAGAGAUAGAGGAGGAAGAGGCAUUGACUAUUGAUGGAGAUCCUGAAAAAACUGUAAAAAAGAAGAAAAGAGGAUCAAAGGAUAUCAAGGAGAACGAGACAUAUGAAGUAUUAAGAAUGCAAGAUCUAAGUGGGAGAAGUAAGGAGACUACUAGAUCCACAUCUGAUCAAACCGUCAAAGUGUCCUCAGAUGGACCGGAUAUAUUUCAACCUCAACCUUUCACUUCACGCAUACGAAAUUUCUCACGUACAGCAAGUGACCGCGACCCCUUUAUCACCCCUACCUCAAUUCCUACAGCUACACUUAAAUCCUCUUCAUCUUCCAUGACGAGUAAUCCUCAAGCAACCGCUAAACCCCGUACUUCAUCAAGUUCUUCUUCACAUCGUCAAACCUCAUUGCAAAUUGACAAAACUCAACCUCCCAUACCUGUCGAUGUUGAUCGUCCAUUACCUCCAUUACCUCCCAAAACAUCUUCUCUAAAAGCGAAGCAGUCGAUGCCAGAAAUGCCGAAAGGUAUUAUAGUAACUCCUAGUAGCCCUAGAAAAUUAUCAAAGACACCUCGUAAACCUCCUUUGACACAACGAAGAAGUAGAUCAGCCACUGGACAAUCUAGAGAAUCUAAACAAGAAAAAAGAUCCCAGAGUACAAAUCCUUCGCCUACAAUAGGUUUAGGUUUACCUUCUGCUUUACUCCCAUCUACAAAAGGAGAUACGGAUUCACCACCACCACCUCCUGUUCCUUCGAAACCUCAAUCUGUGUCAUCACCCUUUCCUUCACGUUCCCCUAGUCCAAUACCCAAGAUAGCUUUCGUCGAACCAGAUGAUGUUCAUCCUAAGACAGACCAUGCACCCCAAGAGGAAAAACGAAAAGUCGUGAGGAGAGCGAGAAGUUUGUCUGGUUUCUUUGGUAAAUCACCUCCAGCUGUACCGACGCCGAAACUAGAGGAACCGCCCCAUUUCCAAGAGGAGAAGGACAGUCCUAUGGCAGAGAGCGUAGGGAAAUCAGGAGGAGGCGUGCUGGAAUGGCUCGGUGUAAGAAAGACUUCAAAACGUAAAAUUUCUGAACCCAGGAUACUUGACCAGCCUGAAGGAGUUUCACCGCUCACUGUCCAGAAUGAGUUUCAAGACGAUCAGGUUGAAAACGAGAAGAAUAGAGAAAGUCUUGAACCCCCUCAGCAUUCGGGUCUACCCCCUUCUGGUUCUCCAAGACAAUCUCCUCGACAACCUAAGUACAAUUCAGCAGCUUCUACCGCCACAUUAGUACCUCAAUCCGGACAGAGCAAGAUUUCAGGUAUAUUUACCCGACGUUCAUCUGCCAGGACUACUGACGACGAAUCUGAGCCACCAUCAGUGAAAGUGGUCCCUAUGGCUAUACCCAAUGCGAGUAUGAGAAACCAUACCGCUUUAUCAUCACAGUCUUCUUUCAGUUCACCUGCGCACGAUCCCAUCUCACCUUUCAUACCAGACAGUGGACCUUGGGUGUCGACACCACAGAGUGAAAAGGAAGAAACAUUAUUCAGUCCUCCAGAAGGAAGUAAUUGGGGACCUGGUAGGAGACCUUGGAUGGAAGGUGGAGAGAGGAACAAUUCUUCUAGAUCAUCAGUAUCUUCUCCACUGGAUUCACUUCCUGAGCAAGGUUUGCCACCCAUCGAAGAACCUUUGAAACCGCCACCUUCCAUGAGAGAAGGAAGAGUUAGAUCAUGGUCUGAUGCUCCAUUACCACCUCAGAGAUUGACUGCUCAAUCUUCGAAUCCUCACUUACCGAUUCCAAGACCAGCCACACCCAAUGGACAGUCGAUGUCACUAUCGUCUUCGCCUCAGACUCCCUCUCGUCCCAAACUGGGCGAUCGAGCGAAUUCUAGUAACUCAGCUAUCAUAGGUCGCAUGAAAAGCGUUUUCUCCAAGUCCACUAAUAGAAGUAGGAGCAACAGCUUACUUCGCCAAGGCAGUAACGACAUUGAUGAAUUCGGGACUAUGCCUGGUUUUUCAGCUGAUAGUAGAAGUCAAACAAUGAGACCUUCAACUUCAUCGUCCUCAAUGGCUUCAUCGGGUCCUUAUAGGGGAAAAUCCAUAGGUGAAGAAAAUAUUAGAUCUAUCCCUCAAAGACCAGGUUCGAGUUCAGCCUUAGAUAUAGAGAGAAUGCAAGAUCAAGACAAGUCUAGAUCUCCCAAAACAUCAUUUACGCCUUCCAUGCCAUCAUUAGAUACUCGACCUCAAGUUCUUCAGGAAAGUACAAUGGCACGUAAGAAUAGAGUCAGAGCAUCAACCAUAUCGAUGGCACCAACAUCCUAUAAUUUCUUGCCGCCGCCUUCACCCAAUCUUUUCCCCAUAACAGCAACACCACCACGCAGACGUCCUGGCACGAUACAUAGAAUUUCCAAUGGUUUGUUUGGUUCUUCAAUCAAUACUACUUCUGGGCCUUCUUCGCCUCGAAGUUCAUCUUUAUUUCCAUUACCUGCAAGAUCAAGUGGAUCAAUCUCUUCCUCAGCAACCAAUCAAGGGGGUGCUGUUCAGUGGGAAGAUGGUUCAAAUGGGUUUUUAAGCCCUGGAACUAGUCCGAGACCUUCUACAGGAUCCAUCUCAGCUGUAAUGACAAACUCCAUGAUCAAGCAGGCUGCUAUGAGAGAAGGGGACGAAUCUCCGAAUGAAUGGUUGGACAGGGUAGUUGCGACUGUUGGAAGAGAUGAUAUUGCUAAUGUACUAGCUUCAAGCGGAGAUGGAUUCUACACUGAAGCUCUACAAAUAUACAUGUCAACUUUCGAUUUCACUCAUAACGCCCUGGAUGUUGCUCUGAGAAGGUUGUUGAUGCACAUGAGUCUACCAAAAGAAACUCAACAGAUCGACAGAGUCAUAGAAGCUUUCUCAAGGAGAUAUGAGGAAUGCGAACCCGGGUUGUUCGGACAAAAGGACAAUACGUACGUCUUAGCGUUCUCCAUGAUGAUGCUGCAUACCGAUGCCUUCAACAAAUCCAACAAGAACAAGAUGACCAAAGUCGAUUAUGUGCGGAACACCCGGAUGGAAGGUGUAGCGCCAAUCGCAUUGGAGACGUUCUUUGAUAAUAUCACUUUUACACCUUUUGUGUUUAUCGAGGAUGAUACCGAUUUAAAAGAAUCUUCAGGAUAUGAAUCUUCCUCAUCCACAUUUGGACCUUCCACCCCAACUUUCUCUGGACCAGGAUCGUUGAACGCUGCAACUCUAAUGUCAAAUGGAAAAACAAAGAUUGACGUAUAUCAUAUGAUCGUUAGAGGAUUACUUGGAUCUCUCAGAGUUGAUAUAGAACAUCAAAUCCCAUCUGAAAAUCCUUUCUCAUACAUGGGCUCAAGACCUCUCAUGGACCUAGAUCAAUUAUGUAGAAGUUUUGCGGAAGCCAAUUCCCUAAUUAUACCUUCUUUCAUCGGUUCAGAUCAUCGUAGAAGGACUCCGGGUAAAUUGACAACUCCAGCUAGGAGAUAUACCGUCGGAGCCAAAGAUGAGAAACUAGAGGAUUUAGUGUUGAGAGUGGUCAAAGUAGGAUUAGUAUCUAGAAAAGACGAUACCGAUCCAACAUCCAAGAAGACUUCGCGGAAGUGGAAAUCUUGGAGCGUGAUACUCACUUCUUCUCAGCUUCUAUUUUUCAAGGAUCCUACUUGGGCUCUUACCCUACUUGAACAAGCUCGCUCCGCUCAGACUAAAGAUAAAGCUGGACACAUACUAUUACCACGUCAAACAACCUUCAAGCCUGAUGAGGUCUUCUCAUUGAAAGACUGCGUGGCCGUUUUCGAUCGUACUUUCACAGCUUACUCGAAUACCUUCCGUUUUGUAAUGCCCCAAUCGCGACAAUACCUGCUUCAAUCAACUGACGAGUUCGAGAUGAACGAGUGGGUGUCCUUGAUUAAUUACGCUUCAGCAUUCAAGACUGUCAACAUGAAGAUGAAAGGUCCAGCAAUGAGAAAAGAUCAAGUUGUGUUAGCUGGAGCUGCAGCAGCCGCAUCACACAAAAGAGAAUUGAGAAGUGAAAACAACCAAUCUUCGAUGAAUGGAAGCGGGAGUGGGAGUGCCAAAAAAGCAGUCUUUGGAGAUUCCAAUGGUAAUAGCAACGGUCUCGGUCUUGGAUUAUCAGAUAUAUCAAUGGAGACUGAAGACGUAAAAGUGAAAUCGAAAAACGGUAAAGUGGACGUGGAUGUGGAAGAAGAAGGAAACGAAGUUGUGAAUGAAGGUGAACAAUUAGAAGAAGUAUUCGGAGUUGUCAAAGCAGAAUUGAAAGCUGGAAGAGGUCAAGCUGGAACAAACCGUUCCGACAUUCCAGUCGCCGAAGAUAGUGAAACCUCUCAUGAGAAAGAAUUGGAUCACGAUCAACGAAAACCAAUUCACACUUCUCGUGUUUCCGUGAUCUACGAACAUCUCAAUGUUUUCAGAGAGAAAUGCAAACCACUUGAAGCUUCUUUGAAAACGUCCCUUCUCCUCGUCAGGAAUAUAGCACUUCUCACCCCAUUUCAGAAAUCAACGAGAGAUAGGUUAUCAAUGAGCAUACCACCCUUAGCUCACAAGAUUCGAUCCGAUCGAGUAGCUCUAACGAAGCUUAGACUAUGGAUCAAAAUCAUGGAACAUGAAGGAGAAAGGGAAGAUAGAGAAUGGAAAGUAGUGAGACAUGUAGCCUUACAAGCCGCCGCUAGAAGUCUAAGAGAAGAUGGUAUAGAAGGUGUAGUAAAGGACGUCAACAGGACAUCUCUUGAUCAAGCAGAUAUACCGAAACUCGCGCUGCCUAUACCUAAUUCAGAAUUAGAAUCGGAUGGGCCAAGUCAACAUCAAUAUCAAAUUCAGAGACAUAAUAUGAAUAGUCCUGUAGAAUUACCUGAAAUAAUCAGAAGAUCAAGCGAUGAACCACCACCAUCUGACCGGAACGAAAACAGAAACGCGGAUGGGAAUGGUGGAAGAUCAAAUUCGAUUGAUCAAGUGAAUGAGUCUCCUUCAGACAUUCGUAAUGAAGGACGAGGGUAUAAGAAAGGAAGUGGUGGAACCUUGAAGAGAAGAUCGAACUCUGCUUCUGAUUUACUAAGUCCUCACUCCAAUUUGAGGAGAUCAAGUGAGGUGGCAGAUCCGGCCACGUCAUCGCCGAUAACAACAUCCAAGAUCACAAGAGAUAGUCCGUCAAAUAAAAGUACGAGCGGAACGGAUACUCCAAUGAUGAUAUUCACUAUGGAAUCGCCAGUGCAAGUACCCUCUGCGGAUAACACUCACACGAUAACUAUAGUACAGGACGAGAAUGGGAACGAAAUGAGCAAUCAACAAUCAGAAGAUCUAACGACUACGAACAUAAACGACAACUUUAAUGAGAAGGAAGAAAAAGAAGAAAAAGAUGAAGCUGAAGAACAGCAUUCCACCCGAAGCAGAUAA